CAGGUGAUUUUUUCGUUGCGAAACCUCGUAACGGCUGCAAAGCCUUACAAGCCGCAUAACAUUAUAAAGAGGGAAAUAAAAAUACGACCUUCUACAACACUUUUAAGAACAGGAAUUGCGUCGGCUUAUACAGAAUCAGCUUUUGUAACAGGUAGAUAAUCCUAGUCAUUGGUAUUUUAAAUCUCCUGGUUUUUUUCUGUCAUCAGAAUGUUUAAUGUUUAUAUGCGACACAGAUCUUAUAGACUUGCCCUGAAAAUUUCAUCGUGCCGUAUCAUUUAUAAUUCCCAACUCCAUUAUAUACUGCAGGAAGAAAAGAUGCAAGCUUUUGGCGAAACGACUCAUAGGGUUUUAGGGGUUUCCGUUUGGGUUCUCAAGCGUUCGUUAAGGGACGGUUUUUAACUGGAGGGAGGAAAAAAGACCCGAUGAGUUGCGGGACCAGAAAGCUGUUUUCCGCGGUCAUUGUAUUACAGAAAAUGCUUAAUUGCCCAUCUAAACUAUUCCAGAAGUUAUUGAAAUCAUUAUGGAGAGGGCAAUCACGAUGGUCUCUCAAGCAGCUCUUUUGCCAAGGGGGGAUUUAGGGGUGGGCCGAGGGGGCCCCGGCUACCCCUUGUUGUUUGAAAUUCUGUAUUCUUUUAUAGAAUUCCCAGAGAAAAAUAAGUAUCUAUAUAGCUGGCAAGUGGAAAAGUGUCCCAGCCACCCCUUUCUGGAUUUUCUGUAUCCGCCCCUGUUUGCAAUUAUCAGCAUACUAUAGAAAGACCGGUAGCGUAAGUUAGCUAUCUACGUACCCCUGAUUCGAUGGCUUUAAAUGUUCAGUUUCUUAUAUUUUGUCUUUGUAUUGUUGUUAAUGGUGUUAAAAGAAAUCCUGUGAUUGCAUUUAGUUAAGAAAUGCUUAACCCUUUACGGUUAUGGUUGGUUGGAAAAACUCACCCCAUUUUGCGAGUCAAUAAGAGGUGAAGUUAAUUUCCUCGUCCUUAGAGCCUACUAAAUCUGAUUUAUUUCUUUUUCAGAGCCUGUUGCUUUAAGUGUUACGCGUUCAGCAAUAAUUGUGACGCCAAGUGCCUCUAAAACAACUACAUACAUAAUAAACAGUGCAUCUAUCAAAGGCAAAAACCAGUUUCAACUUGAGGAAGAGAGCCUUGCUACAGAUACACCUCAUUUCAAACAAGACAGCAAAGCUCAAGCACAAGCUGAGGCUCUUUAUGAACAGCAGUCCGAGUCAGAACUAACAACAGAGCCCCAAACAGUAUCAGAAGGGGCAUCGGAGCCCCAAGCCGAACCAGAAACAUGGCCCGAGCCUGGGCCUGAGUGGAAAAAGGCCUUCAAAAAAUGGAAAUGGGCCUGGCAUAUUCACGUAUAUGUUUUUGCGACUGCUUUUCUCUUUAUUGGUUUUUAUGCUGGAUAUUACGUCGUGUUAAACAUUUACGACGGUUUGGGCGGCAAACAUCUCAGUGUGUGCUUGAACGCCAUGGUUUUUCUGUUCGGUAUAACCAGAGCCUUUGUUAUGUUUUUGGAUCCUUAUCACCAAGGCAACUUGAUAAGCGCUAUAUUUGUAAUGCGUCUUUUGUGGUCCAUUGGAGGACCUUGUUUGACUGCUUCGGACUCUCUGAUAAUAUUGGCCCUGAUAGAGACCUCGAGAGUAUCUAUAGCACCACCCAGAUUCCAAAAGCUCAGGACAAUUUCGAUAAUCAUCGCAAUUCAUUUCGUUCUUGUUAUCGUCUCCGACACAGUAGUGUCUACAUACAUGGAAGCAAAAGUCAUGAUUUUAAUGUGCCAAGUUUUUUUCUCAGUGUGGGGCAUAACUCUUGGAGCUGGCUACGCCCGCCUCGCAUAUAAAAUGAACAAGCAACUUUUUAGUCACAAGCAAGUGAAAGCUAAGGAGGACAAGAUUUACAUUUUCCUCAUCUACGCCUCUGCAGCAGCCAAUUUCUUUAUUUGCGGUGUUAUGAUCUACACUAUGGUGGGUGUAUUUGGUGUUUUUACGGACAUAACCUUUGUAGACGCAUGGCAUUGGUGGACUCUACAAACUUUAUUCCGCGUAGGCGAGGUCGUUACCUGCGUUCUAAUCUUCACUGUGAGCGCCAAGAGAAGUCGUGUUAAGUCGGCAGCGGAUGAAAUCUACUCGGAAUUUGAUUCACAGUCCCAAGCAUUUGAAUCCUCUUCGUGCUCUAGGUUGUUACAAGCUCUACAACAGUGUUGUGUGAAAUUGCGGAAAAGAAAUAGAGUGAUCGAUAGUAGUGAUAUUACCGCUGAGACAACUGUCAGUUCAGUAGUUAAAAAGGCAAAUCCUACAACCAGGGCCUCUCCUAGCGAUGAAGGUGAUGAGUUCCCCCCUUCAUUUCAGGCAUUUAAAGCAAGGGGAAGGGGGAGAAGGCAAAGCCUGUUUUCUCACUUGCAGGAAGCGUCAAUUGAGAACAGAAUUUCUAAGCUGGAAGAGUCACCAGCUAUAGUGCCUUCCAGUCGGACCAGAGGCCGUAGACAAAGCCUGUUUUCUGCAAUGCAUGAAGCUAGUAUCAACAACGCAAUCUCUAACUUUGCCAAUGCAUUGGCUCAAGCCCAUACAAACACUGUGGCUUGUGAAUCUUUAGAUGAACCAGACUUGGAAUCGAGCCAGGAGCCUCCUCCUUUGCCUCGGAGAGGCCGGCGUAUGAACGUGUUCUCGACGCUUCAAGAAACAAAACCCGAGAAAGUAAUAGGUCGUUCGGCAAAGAUGGAAGACAUUAAAGAGGAAUCUGUCCUCGACGUAGAAAAUGAACCCAUGAAAAGGCCUCCUUUUUUAAAGAAGCGGAGUUCGGAACGCCUUCGUCAGUUAGUUCAAAGUUUUCUUUCCAGUAAUGAAAGCGAAAGCCAGCAAAAGCAAAAGAAUGCCGUUAGAGUGCCUGAGCCAAUUGAAAGUGAAGGCAACUCUGAGGACUCAAAUUCUAUUCCAGUUAAGUACUCAUGA